UCCUUGCCAGGACCUGACAGUUUCUGAAAGCUAUUGGCAGGUUUGGUUACUUUCUAAUGACAGCUUGGGAAAAAGCUCGACAUGAAAUUAUUUCGAAACGAUUUGCAUUUCUGGGAAACUAUCCGCCAUGUCCUUGGUAUCGUCCCAUGAAAACCGAGUUCACUGCACUUGUGAAUGUAACACCAGAAGAGCAAGAGCAUUUUAUGAAUGAUGAAGUACGGCUCUUCCUAGCGGGCUAUGAAACGGAAAACAUACGUUUUGGUUACGGUACCGAUUCUGAUGCUCCCAUCGCUGUGAAAGUAAAUCCGUCACUUGAUCCUUUCAUGAGAUCAGCUGUGGAGAGAUUCAAACCUGUUUUCAUCGAUGUCUGGCACAUUCGCACCUACGGUUAUGAACUGAAGCAUAAUCGCUCGUUCUCGCUCACUGUGCGUGCUGUUGCUUAUGAAGUAGUGAAGCGGUUGAACGAACUGCUUCGACCUUUAAUAGAAGGGGAUGAGUACGAUUUAGCUGACUAUGGAUUGAAUACACUCAGUCGCAAUGUUUCGACGGUUAAAACGUCUAUAAAAGUGUAUGCUGAGAUUGUCAAGACAAUGAAGAAGGAAGCCGUCAUCGGUGGACAAGUACUGACCAUGUUGCAUCGUGCACGAGAAGGAGCUAUCAUCGCCAAGGAUAUUCGUGAUCUCACCGAAAUUUUCGAUGUUGCUUGGAAAAUAUUUGCCAACAGGGUAGGCACGUGGGUUGAGCAAGGGCUGGUGGACGACUGUGAAUUAGAGUUCAUGAUUUGGCCUACUGAAGCACUGAAUUCGUCAUACGUGCAGAAGAUAGUCAAUUCGUCACGAUUACGGCUUGAUUCAAAAGACUAUGUUCUCAUAGAGGAUCUGUGUCCAUCAUUUUUGAUGCGACUUCUGCCAUCGAUAGCAAAGUGUGGAAAUUAUAUCUAUAUGAUGGAAAAGACAAGAAUCAGAGAUCCGUUAUCGUUAGAUUGGGGAAAGCUUGACGUUGUCGGUCUACAAAGAAAGGUGAAAGAGAUAGAGAAGACAAAGUCAGCACUGGUAUUGAAGCAGCUCCGCACCGCCAUUCCGUUUGAUAAUUCUGUCAGAGACACCAUGGCAUUACUUCUGAAGUGCAGAGAUCUUGACGGCUUGAUUAGAUCAAAAGAAUCGAUUCUCUACAAACCCAUUGAAGAAGUUUCCAAGCAGCAAAUGCGACGACUAUCAGAUACCUUCAUUAAAGGAUUGGCGAUAAAGUUCCCAUUUGUCUCAAACUUCAAGCUGAUCACAUGUGAUACACUUGUCUUCGAAGAGCUGCGGACUUUUGGCCUUGUAGGCGCUCCCAAAGAUCCACUUCCUGCAAAAGAGCAGCCUAUCGUCCUCGAUCUGCUGACGUUCUCCUAUACUCCACCAUCAAAGAUGGAGAAACUCAUACCUCUACACGUUGUCAAUAUGUAUACUCGUGUAUUCCGUGUCUGCCUUCAGCUACAUGCAGCCAUUGAUUGCUUAUCCGAUGCAAUGUUUGAGAUAGGUUUGAUGAGAGAUCGAGCAAACUUGCAGCGUGCUGCAAUUCUGACAUCGCUGCAUCGUAACGUUCUCGACUUGACGGUCAGUAUUGCAGAUGCAGUCACUCGUGCGAUCAUGGAUUUUGAAAACCAGAUGAACAAGGCGGACAGUAUCGAUGCCGUCCUUCAACUUCAAAAGGACGUUGUGCAUCAAAUAUUCAAGGAAAGUCGGUUGGACCAAUGGAAAAAGGUUGCAUACUUACAACGCUUGGUGGAUCUCAUCAUUACACAUGGCCUCAAUGGGCUCAUGAACUCAACUAGUCUGAGCGAGGAUUACUAUGUGAUUUUGGAAGACGUGGAGUCGUUGCAGCUUAUUGAAUAAGUUCUCAACAAUGUUGAUUCACUUAUUGCAUUUUCAUAACGGGUAUCUGCAUUUAUUUUGUGCAUCUCAGAUAAAUGUUAUUGUAAAUUCUGUCGGCCAUGCAGUGUUACGACACACUUGAGCUAUUUUUGAAUCAGC